AGAUCUCAUAUUGGUGCUAGAGGUAGACAGGUGUAUUACUAUGCCCAUUACGGUGAAAAUUUUGACUAACUAACGGUUAUUUUUAAUACUAAAGAUGGAGAAUACGAAACUACAAGGACCCUAUGAGAAUAAGGACAAUAUGAAAAUUACUGUAGAAAAUUGCCCCGGAUACGAAUCUCAGGAUUGGAGGAAAAUUUGCCGACAUUGUCAACAACAUCUUCGACUUCAUCAAACUUAUGAGAUUAUUCCUCCGUGUCAUCAUUCUGACGACGAUUCGGGUUGCGCUGUCGAAGAGUACGCAUGGGUACCGGCUGGAUUAAAUCUUACGCAAAUUCAAAAGUAUAUGAGUUGUUUACCGGACGAUAAAAUACCUUAUGUUAAUAGCGUCGGUGAAAAGUAUAGGAUUAAACAACUUCUCUUUCAACUUCCCCCUCACGAUAAUGAAGUUCGAUACUGCCACGAAUUGGGUGAAGAUGAAAAAAGAGAACUACGCCAAUUUAGCUCAAGAAGGAAAAAAGAGGCUCUAGGGAGAGGCAACGUUCAAACGGUUGUCAGUGGAACUUGCCAUAAAUGUCGGCGACCUUUUACCCCAGGGGAUUCGGCUGUUGUAACAUCAAGAGCCGGACCAAACGCCCUGUGGCAUCCCGCUUGUUUUACGUGUAGCGUAUGCGGCGAAUUACUGGUUGAUCUCAUCUACUUUUGGCGUGGAUCUUUAUAUUGCGGUCGUCAUCACGCCGAAACUUUAAAACCACGUUGCGCAGCAUGCGACGAGAUAAUUUUUGCUGACGAAUGUACCGAAGCAGAAGGUCGGAGUUGGCAUAUGAGACAUUUUUGCUGUCAUGAUUGCGAUAAAUGUCUCGGCGGAGAGCGUUAUCUAAUGAAAGAUGGAACGCCUUAUUGCUGCUCCUGUUUUCAGAUAAAAUUCUCGGAUCACUGCGAAACCUGCCGAUGUCCAAUUGCUAUAGAACAAGGUCACAUGAAAUACGGAACAUUCCAUUGGCACGCUACGCCCGAAUGUUUCCGAUGUAAAAGCUGCAAAUGUUCCCUUUUGGGGAAGCCUUUUGUCGGACGCGCUGAUGGCAUUUACUGCUCUUCCUCUUGUUCUGCACCGAUAAGGGCUGAGGACUAUUUUAUUAUAAGUCAGGAAAAUGCUAUGCAACAUUCCGUAUCGGAAAUGCGUCUAAAAAGAACGUCUAGUCUAGGACGAUCGGAUUUUAUGCAAAUUUCCAGACUUUCUUCAAUGCCUGAUUUGUCGGAGAGAAAAACUGUAAAAUUUGAUGUGCCCGAACCCGACGAUUGUUCAUCCUGCUCUUCAUCCGAAAGUGAAUUUGACUAUUCUGCCUACAGGCCAAAAAUAUCAUACGUGCAAUCUGAAUCUUUUACACAAAGACCUACGAAGAAGAAAAAACAUAGAAAAUGUAUUGUAUCAUAGGAUUAGUUAAUUAAUUAAAAAGAAAUUAUUAUGGUUAUUUUUUUUUUUUAAUUAAUUAACUAAUCAAGAAUUUUUUUUAAUUUUACUAUUUUUUUUAAAAAUCUGAAAUCUUUAUUAAACAAAUUCUUUUCUCUGCGCGGAAAAACAAAGACAAAUUAAGGAAAAAAUUCACAAAAUAUAAAGAAAAAUCCCAGAAAACGUUGAACGUUUUUAUACUUUUUUUGUAAAUAUUUUAAUCUUUUUCUGUUCAAAAACUUGAACAAAAUGAAAUGAGAGCGAGCGAGAGAGAGAGAGAGAGAGAGGAAGGAAGGGAAGGAGGGGCAGGGAAGGAAAGCUAAAUGAAUGCAGAUAUAUUUUGUUAGAUUUUAUUCUUUAAAAGAACAAAGAAAAGGAAAUGUGUUUUUUUUUAUAUAUUUUCUAUUUUAUUUCAUAUUUUUUUAAUAUUUUGAUUUUGGCUUAAAAAUCAAAGAAAAAAACCGAAAAAAAAUAUAAUCCAAAGAGUAAAAAGUAACGCCUUCUCUUAAUUUUAUUGUCAAUCUAUUUGUUUUUCAUUUUACUUAAUCAUUACAUUAGAAUGGAAAGAUUAGAGAAUAAAGGGGAAGGGAGGCGUGGAGGAGGAAAACAUGUUGAAUAAAGAUGAAGAUAUUGUGUCAUAUUUGAAAGAAAACUUGUGAGAAUAAAGAAACUUGCUCUAAUAUAUGUAUAUACAGUUUAUAUAUAUAUGUUCUGAAAUAUCUGAAUUUUUUUAUCCUAAUUGUAACAUAAAACAUAGAAAAAAUAAAAGAGA